AUGGAUGAAAUAAAUAAUCGUAAUAAUGAAUAUAUCAAAACAGAACUUAUUGCCAAAUUAUUAAAACAUUUUUUACCUGAAGAUAAAUCAUCACGUUUAUCAAGUGAUAUGGUGAAAUAUUUUACAGAAUUAAUAUUUAUAUUUAUUCAUCAAGCAUUUACACGUACAAUUCAACAAGCAUCAUCAGAAGGAACAAUUCAUGUUGAUAUUCAACAUUUUGAAAAAAUUCUUAUGCAAUUAUUACUUGACUUUUGA